AUGCUUCCUCCCGGUUCCGUCGCUGGCCUGACAGCCUUGCUGGCCGCAGUUCCCAGUGUACACGCCAUGUACACCUCAAACUCCCCAGUUCUCCAGGUCAAUGCGAAAACGUAUCAUACCCUGAUUGCUAAAUCAAACCACACUUCUAUUGUCGAAUUCUACGCACCCUGGUGUGGCCACUGCAAAAAUCUCAAGCCUGCCUAUGAAAACGCCGCCAAGAAGCUUGAUGGGCUUGCCAAAGUCGCCGCUAUUGAUUGCGACAAUGAGAUGAACAAGCAAUUCUGCGGUGGCAUGGGCGUCCAAGGCUUCCCCACCCUCAAGAUCGUUCGUCCUGGGAAGAAGCCUGGCAGUAAGCCCGUCGUUGAAGACUACCAGGGCGCCCGAACUGCUAAAGCCAUUAUGGAGGCUGUCGCAAGCAAGAUCAACAACCAUGUUACCAAAGUCACUGAUAAGGACUUGGACGCCUUCUUAAAGCCUCAGGGUCCCAAGGCAAUCAUGUUCACGGACAAGGGAACCACCAGCGCCUUGUUGCGAAGCCUUGCCAUUGACUUUUUAGAUGUCAUUUCUGUUGCCCAGGUGCGCAAUAAGGAGGCAAAGAUUGUGGAAAAGUUUGGAAUUACAAAGUUUCCUACAUUUGUGCUAGUUCCGGGUGGCGACAAGGAACCCAUCAUCUAUGAUGGCGAUUUGAACAAGAAGGACAUGGUUGCCUUCCUGAAGCAGGUUGGACAGCCUAAUCCUGAUCCUGCCCCGGCCAAACCCAAGGUCAAGAGUGACAAGACAAAGGCCCCCAAGUCGGAAAAAGCUCAGAGCAACAAGACGAAGGCCUCUUCCUCUGCCUCACCCGACACCGAGGACUCGGCCACAACUCCAGAGGCUUCUACCCAGACAACCGCAACCGAACCCGCAGCCUCGACUCCUGAUGUCAUCUCCAUUACCACCGUGACUACCAAGGACACUCUUGUCGAGAAGUGUCUCAGUCCGAAAUCUCACACCUGUGUCCUGGCCUUUAUCCCAGUCGAUGCCUCCGAAAACAGUGCUAAAGUCACUGACUCCCUGUCACAGCUCAACACCAAAUACGUUCACGGUCACCGGCAGCUAUUCCCCUUUCUCGCCAUCCCCAGCAAUAUUGAAGGGUUGGAUUCGAUUCGACAAGCCCUCGGUCUGGAAAAGGACGUGGAGCUAAUUGCAAUUAAUGCCCGACGCUCUUGGUGGAGACAUUACGAUGGUAACUUUGAUGUUGAGAGCGUUGAAGCAUGGCUUGACGCCAUCCGUAUGGGUGAAGGAUCCAAGAAGAAGCUGCCCACGGAGAUUAUUGCUGUGGAGGAAGUUGUCGAAGAGGACUCUGACAAGAAGACGGACGCCGAAGAACAGGCGCCAGCAGACGAGGUCAAGCAUGAAGAGCUCUAG